AUGGAAUACUCGGGAUGCCCGGAAUCCAAGAAACAGUACCCGGGGGACUGCCGCCUUUUCUACAAAUGCGUCUCACUCUCGGAGGCGGCGCACGCGUACGUUUGGGUGCCAUCUCGCUGCAGUGCGGGUCUGGUUUUUCAUCCGACACUGAAGCAGUGCAUUAUGGAAGAUGAUUAUUUUAAUUGUUAUGCGGAUAAUGAAAACAUGAUAGAAUCGCAAUAUUUUCAAGAGGUGAAUGAAUUGGGGAGUGAUUUCUCCACCGUUGAUCAUUUUGGUAUGCAGGAUUACGAAACAGAACCGACUACUACGCACUUCGAAUCUACAUUGGAAAGUAGUUCAUUUAUAGAGCCCUACCAUGCCCUAAACGGUCUUCAACAAGAUCAAGUUCCGUUGUCGAUGGUUGACAAUAUUUCAAUGGAUCGCAUAGGAACUCAAAUGUCGUUACUAACUAAAUUAAUUGGCACUCUUAGACCAACUACUAUAACAGGACGCCCACUACAAAAAGUUUCUAACGGCGAGGUUUCGCCGAUCGAAUACGGCGCGGGACCGCAAAAGUUCAUGCCAUUACAACCCAUUGCGAUUUCACCAAGCUUCAGUUCUAUAGAAAAUAAGGUCGACUUAGUGUUGCCGCAAGUAAAUAAAUUAACUGCGCAACUAGUAAUGCAAAAUCCGAUUGCUGAAAAACUAUCCGAUCUCCACGUUUUAAAAGAGACAUCGGAAGUUUCGCCGCUUCUGUUUAACCCAAAUACAUCAAAUUACUCUGAUCCUCAGGACAUUGUCACGUUUUUGUUUCGCAAAUAUCUAACUAACAAAUAUUUUAUGAAGGACGGCGAAUACAUUAAAAGGAAUUCGGCUGCUCCUGUCGUCACCUUCUACAACUCAAUGCAUCAAGCGUUGAGGGAGGAUAUUCAUCAGAACACUACCGUCUCGACAUACACCAAUUCGAAUUCCAGCAAGGAACUUUACGGAAAAUCGUGUCUUAAAGGCAUACGUUUACCAAAUCCCCAAGACUGCACGCGUUACUUCCUUUGUAACGCAUCAACAAUAUCAUUUCAAAGUUACACUUGUCCCCCAAAUAUGGCAUUCAAUAAGACGAAACGUAUAUGCGAUGUAAGGGAAUAUCAACGAUGUAAGAAGGAAAUUGAAGAAAAUCGCGAAGUGGAAAAAAUAGAAAAUUACAAUGAAAUACCUUGUGAUAGUUAUAUGUGUGGGGGAUUGCAAAAUUUCGACGUAUCUAAGCAUAACCAAUUGAAAUGCGUUGGAACCCUAAAAUUUUGUACGAAAAAGCAGAAAUGUCUCCCCUCAAAUUUAUGUUAAAUUAUGUUCGCCCACUCAAAACUGCUUUUUAAUUUUAAC